CCCCGCCCGCCGGUGCGGCGCGUGCGCGGGUCGGGGCGGGUCCGGGCUGUCGCGGCGGGCGGGGCCGCGGGACGGAGCCGCAGCCGGAGCCGCCCGGCCCCGUGGGGUCCUGCGGAGCGGUGGCGGCAGCAGCGGUCCCCUUCUGAUGGGAGGAUGGUUGUUCUCAGGCAAUUUGGGCUGCUGCUGUGGAAGAACUACAUCCUGCAGAAACGGCAGAUUUUGGUGACAGUCAUCGAAAUCUGCCUGCCGCUGCUCUUUGCCGCCAUCCUGAUAGCGCUGCGGCACCGGGUACACUCCGUCAGCCACCCCAACGCCACCAUCUACCCCCCCCAGUCAGUGGAUGACCUGCCGAGCUUCUUCUACCGCCGGCACCCCAGCAACCCCUGGGAGCUGGCGUACGUCCCCUCCAACAGCAGCGCCGUCAGGAGCAUCGCCGAGGCGGUGGAGAGAGCUUUACCCAUCAGCAUCAGAGCUCAGGGCUUUGCCUCAGAGAGGGACUUUGAGGAGUAUGUCAAGUCAGACAACCGCUCGGGCAGCGUGCUGGCUGCCGUCGUCUUCCAGCACCACUUCCCGCAGAGCACAUCCCCGCUGCCCCUCCAGGUUGACUACAAGCUGCGCUUCAAGUACAGCCCGAGGAACGCGCCACGGAGCGAGCAGACGGGCCUGAACCCCAACCUGGACCGGGACUGGCACACCAGUUACCUCUUCCCGCUCUUCCAGCUGCCUGGGCCCCGCGAGGCCAAAUUUGCCGAUGGAGGGACACCGGGCUAUAUCCGAGAAGGUUUCCUGGCGGUGCAGCACGCGGUGGACAGAGCCAUCAUGCAGUACCACGCCAGCGCCAGCUCCAUCGGCCUGCUGGAGAACAUCACGGUGGUGGUGCAGCGCUUCCCCUACCCCGCCUAUGUCAACGACCUCUUCCUCCUCGCCAUCCAGAACCAGCUGCCCCUGCUGCUCAUGCUCAGCUUCACCUACACCUCACUCAACAUCGUCCGUGCCGUCGUACAUGAGAAGGAGAAGAAGCUGAAGGAGUACAUGCACAUGAUGGGCCUCAGCAACUGGUUGCACUGGAGCGCCUGGUUCCUCAUGUUCUUCCUCUUCCUCCUGGUGUCCGUGUUUUUCGUCACCAUGCUCUUCUGUGUCAAGGUGAGUGAACAGGGAGCAGUGCUCACCAACAGCGACCCCACACUGGUGUUCACCUUCCUUGCCAUCUUCUCCAUCUCCUCCAUCUCCUUCAACUUCAUGGUGAGCACCUUCUUCUCAAGAGCAAACGUCGCAGCUGCUGCUGGUGGCUUCCUCUACUUUUUCUCCUACAUCCCUUACUUCUUCAUCUCGCCCCGCUACGACCUGAUGUCCCACAGCCAGAAGCUGGCGUCCUGCCUCAUCUCCAACGUGGCCAUGGCCAUGGGAGCACAGCUUAUAGGCAUGUUCGAAGGAAAAGGGACUGGCAUUCAGUGGAGGGACCUCAUGAAGCCCGUCAGUGUGGACGACAACUUCACCUUAGCCCAAGUGCUGGGGAUGCUGCUCCUGGACUCAGUGCUCUACGGCGUGGUGGCCUGGUAUGUGGAGGCUGUCUUCCCUGGGGAAUACGGUGUGCCGCAGCCCUGGUACUUCUUCUUGACGCCCUCGUACUGGUGCGGGCGCCCCAGGACUAUUGUGGGAAAAGAGAAGGAAGAGGAGGAGGACCCUGAGAAAGCCCUGAAGAGCCAGUACAUUGAGGAAGAACCUGCCGACCUCGUGUCAGGAAUUAAAAUAAAGCACCUUUCCAAGGUCUUCAAAGUGGGAAACAAGAUGAAAGAGGCAGUCAAAGACCUAACAGUGAACAUGUACGAAGGGCAGAUCACCGUCCUGUUGGGACACAACGGCGCUGGGAAGACCACCACUCUGUCCAUGCUCACGGGUCUGCACUCGCCAACGGGUGGGCAGGCGUAUAUCAAUGGCUACGAGAUCUCCCAGGACAUGGUUCUGAUCCGCCGCAGCCUGGGCCUGUGUCCCCAGCACGACGUUCUCUUCGACAACAUGACAGUGGAAGAACACCUCCACUUCUAUGCAGGGCUGAAGGGGUACCCACCAUCCAAGUGCCCCGAGGAGAUCAGCCACAUCCUAAGGAUCCUCAACCUGGAGGACAAGCGCCACUCCCUGACCAAGGCGCUUUCUGGCGGCAUGAAGCGCAAGCUCUCCAUUGGUAUCGCCCUCAUUGGGGACUCCAAGGUGGUGAUGUUGGAUGAGCCGACGUCAGGGAUGGACCCAGCCUCUCGCAGGGCCACAUGGGACCUCCUGCAGCAGCAGAGGAGCAACCGCACCAUCCUGCUGACUACGCACUUCAUGGAUGAGGCUGACCUGCUGGGGGACCGCAUCGCUAUCAUGGCCAAGGGCGAGCUUCAGUGCUGCGGCUCCUCGCUCUUUCUCAAGCGUAAAUAUGGGGCAGGAUAUCACAUGGUGAUGGUGAAGGAGCCCUACUGCAACCUGGGGGAGAUCUCCCGCCUCAUCUGUCAGUACGUGCCAAAUGCCACCAUGGAGAGCAAUGCUGGGGCAGAGCUGUCCUUCAUCCUGCCCAAGGAGAGCACACACAGGUUUGAGGCGCUGUUCACGGAGCUGGAGCAGAAGCGGGAAGAGCUGGGCAUCGCCAGCUAUGGCGCCUCGGUCACCACCAUGGAGGAAGUCUUCCUGAGGGUUGGGAAGCUGGUGGACUCCAGCAUGGAUAUCCAGGCCAUCCAGCUACCUGCUCUCCAGUACCAGCACGAGAGACGCUCCAACGAUUGGGCCAUGGAUGACUCCAGCAGCCUAAGUGGCAUGACAGACAUGACGGAUGACAGCGGGGCACUCAUUACAGAGGACUGCUCCAGCAUCAAGCUCAACACCGGGUUCUACCUGUGCUGCCAGCAGUUCUACGCCAUGUUCAUGAAGCGAGCCAUGUACAGCUGGCGCAACUGGAAGAUGGUGGCGGCGCAGUUCCUUGUGCCUCUGAUCUUCACUGCCUUUGCCCUCAUUGUGGCCAAGACCUUCCCAGGACCCCGGGACUCCUCCCUGCUGAGGCUGACGCUGGAGCCCUAUGGCCAGACCAUCGUGCCUUUCUCCAUCUCAGCUACCUCGGGUCUGUCGCAGAGACUGGCAGAGCAGUACGUGGAGCUGCUGGACUCCCAGCGUCAGUCACCGCUGGAGGUGCUCGGUGGCCUGGAGGACUACCUCAUCUCAAGAGCCUCUGAGGAAGGGGGAGCCUUCAACGAGCACUACAUUGCAGCCGCCUCCUUUGAAGGAGCCGGGAACCGCACGGUGGUCACUGCGCUAUUCAACAACCAGGCAUAUCACUCCCCCGCCACGGCCCUUAUGCUGGCUGACAACGCUGUCUUCAGGGUACUGGCAGGUCCCAACGCCUCCAUCACAGUCACCAACUACCCUCAGCCCCGCAACAUCACCGAGAAGGCUAAAGACCAGCUCAUGGAAGGCCAGACCGGGUUUGCCAUUGCCAUCAAUUUGCUGUACGGCAUGGCCUCGCUCGCCAGCACCUUCGCUCUGCUGCUGGUCAGUGAGCGAGCCAUCAAAGCCAAGCACGUCCAGUUCGUCAGCGGUGUCUACGUGGUCAACUUCUGGCUUUCUGCCCUGCUCUGGGACAUCAUCAACUUCCUCAUCCCUUGUGCUCUGAUGCUGGUGAUAUUCCAAGCCUUUGACGUGCAAGCCUUCACCCAAGACAGCCACCUGGUUGAUGUGAUGCUGAUCUUCCUCCUUUAUGGCUGGGCCAUCAUCCCCCUCAUGUACCUCCUCAGCUUCUUGUUCUCGGUGGCGGCCACAGCCUACACACGUCUCACCAUCUUCAACAUCCUCUCAGGCACGGCCACCUUCCUCGCAGUCACCAUCAUGAGCAUCCCAGAGCUAGGCUUGGUGGACCUCUCCAAAACCCUGGAUAAAGUCUUUCUUGUCUUACCCAAUUACUGCUUGGGCCAGUGCAUCAGUGACUUCUACCAAAACUACGAGUUCAUUCAGUUUUGUACGUCCUCCGUUGAAGCCAUCUUCAUCUGCAAGGCGUUCAAUAUCAGUUAUCAGAUGAACUACUUUUCCUGGGAGACACCUGGGAUUGGACGAUACCUGACCUCCUUGAGCAUCCAGGGUUUCUCUUUCCUCUUCCUUCUUUUCCUCAUUGAGACAAACCUGCUCUGGAGACUGAGAACUUUGGUCUGUGGCAUCUGCAGGCGGCGGAAAUGGGUGGCUCUGCUGAACAGGGUGUCUGUGCUGCCAGAGGACCGGGACGUGGCAGAUGAGAGGAAGAAGGUUUUGGAAUCGCCACCAGAGCUGCUGUCAUCUCUCAGCAGCCCUCUGGUCAUCAAGGAGCUCACCAAGGUCUACGACAGCCGGGAGUCUCUGCUGGCGGUGGACAGAAUCUCCUUGGCGGUCAGCAAAGGGGAAUGCUUUGGUCUUCUCGGCUUCAACGGAGCAGGCAAAACCACCACCUUCAAGAUGCUGACUGGUGACGAGAGCAUCACAUCAGGGGAUGCCUUUGUGGAUGGUCACAGCAUUCUGGCCAACAUCAAGAAGGUCCAGCAACGGAUCGGCUACUGCCCGCAGUUCGACGCCCUCCUGGACCACAUGACGGGCCGUGAGACCCUGAGCAUGUACGCCCGGCUGCGGGGCAUCCCCGAGCGUUACAUCGGCAGCUGUGUGGAGAACAUGCUGAGAGGGCUGCUCCUGGAGCCCCAUGCCGACAAGCUCGUGAGGACCUACAGCGGUGGUAACAAGCGGAAGCUGAGUGCUGGCAUUGCUCUCAUUGGUGGUCCACCCGUGAUCUUCCUGGAUGAGCCCUCCACUGGCAUGGAUCCCGUGGCCAGGCGUUUGCUCUGGGAUGCAGUGACACGGACACGGGAGUGUGGCAAAUCCAUCAUCUUCACCUCCCACAGCAUGGAGGAGUGCGAGGCCCUGUGCACACGGCUGGCCAUCAUGGUGAACGGGCAGUUCAAAUGCCUGGGCAGCCCCCAGCACCUGAAAAGUAAGUUCGGCAGUGGCUACACCUUGCUGGCCAAAACGCGGAGUGAGGAGGAGGGUGAGCUGCAGGCCUUCAAGGCCUUCGUGGAGAAGACGUUCCCAGGCAGUGUCCUGAAGCAUGAGCACCAGGGCAUGGUGCAUUAUCACUUGACCAACAAGAACCUCAGCUGGGCACAGGUCUUCGGGGCCUUGGAGAAAGCCAAAGAGAAGUAUCGCUUAGAAGACUAUUCAGUGAGCCAGAUAUCCCUGGAGCAGGUCUUCAUGAGCUUCACUCGCUUCCAGCACUACACAGAGGACAGAGGGAAAUGAGCCCCAACUGGUGCCCUUCGUCAUGGACUGGCCCUGCUGCCUAUACAUAGUAUAUAUAGAGACAAUAAUUUAUAUAUCGGCGUGUCUUAAAUAAUGUAUAAAUGUAAGAAACUUUUCACCGGGGAGGGGGGAGAGGAUGGCGUCGUACCUUCUGCCGUUGGGAACACAAGCGUGCACAUUGUGUGCCGCCACAGCGCUGGCACGGGUCCGGGUGUGAGUGUGUGUGUGCAUGUGACACUUCCACUCUCCAGCCUUCAUUCCUGUCUAUACAGAAGGAAAAAAAAAAGCCCCAAAAGCAGGGGGAAGCCUGGAUGGGUGGAGAUGGGUGUUGGGAAUCAGGCCAGCGGAGGGGGAGUGGGGUGCUGUCCCCAAACCCACCACACUCCCCCCGCCCUUCUUCCCUGCCCAGUGCUUGCACCCAUCAAGAUGCUGCUUUGUGGUCUUCCCCGCAUGUUGAUGUGUAUUGUUAGGUGGUUUGCUUGUGGUUUAACAGGAGGCUGUUAAGUAGAUCCAAACCAUUCACUGGGUUAAUUAGGAUGUGCUAUGGUUGCCCUUAGAAGCACUUUGUGUCUGGCUGGAGGGGACAAGGCAACGUUCCUGUCUGAUGGAGGAGCCUCUGUUUCCUUUAAUCUCUUAGAAAACCUGUCCCCCUCCAGCCUGUUGGCUGGUGGGGGGAGGCGAGUCUGUCCCGAGGAGCUGGCACUGUGCAGGCUGUGCCGUGCUGGGCGGGAGGAGGACGUGCCAUGGAGAAAUGCCCAGAGCUUGGCCCUGGGUACAGCACGUGACAGGUACAGCUGCAGAGCCAGAGCUCCAGCCGAAGGCAGCGAUGGGUGAGAGGUGUUGCAGGGUGCCUGGGGACGCUGCUGGGCCCACUAUUGCGUCCAUUAAAAAGUUUAACCAGCAGCACUGGUUAUGGGAGCCAGCGAUGCUCUCACUGUGCCCAUGUCCUGCUCAUGUCCCAUUACAUCCUGCACAGCUCUGGCCAGAGCACAUCCAUCCCUGCCCCCUCUGCACCACGCUGGGCUGCUCCAGCAGCUGGCAGGGAGCAAAGGUGCUGCCCACACCUUGCCCAGCUGUGGGGAUGCUGCAGGCUGGGUGCAUUGGGCACAGGCAUGGGCAGCAACAGGUAUUUCUUUUCGAUGUCUCCCAGUGGGUGGGUUGCUUUUUGUUUGUUUGUUUUAAAUCCGUGUUGAUUCUUGUCUGUCCUUAACUAGUCCCUGUGUCACCUGGGGGCAGUCCCCUUCGGGCUCGCUGCUCCGCGAUCAAUGCAGAGCUAUUUGCACUAUAGUAAUACACACAAUUGCACAUAACUAAAUGAAUUAAUAUUUAUGGAGAGGGCUGCUGAUUCCCUUCUAGUGAUUGCAUUGUCAGGGGUUGGGUUAUAUUUUUGGGUCGGGUUUUUGUUUUGUUCCUGUGACUGACGCAUCCUUUCCUGUUCCAUUUUUUAAUUUCUUUUUUUCCCUUUGCCUAAUGUUCAAAACGAUGGUGCAUCAUGUUACUAAGAAUUUCCCUGGAUCUUACUGACGUGUGUUUUCAUUAGUAAGCAGCCAGCAGGUGAAUGGCAUCCCUCAACACCUCAAGAGAUGCUGGUGUGGAAGGUUUGCUCCCUGGGAGCAUCUCUGUAGGUGGCAGAGCCACCCAGUGCCAGGGACAUUGUGCAGUGGGAAAACUCCAGCACCAGAGACCUGUGCAAGAAGAAAGGGAGGAUGCUUUCUGGUGGGAGGUUGCCUGGAGCCACCAGCAAACUGCUGGGACCCCCAGUAACAGGUGUUUUUGUGAGAUGGGGCAGGAUGGAGCAGAGCCUCUGGGGCUUUGCCUGGGAUUGGGAGCAGUGGGAAAGUGGACUGUGGGACGGCAAGAUGGCCAAAUUGCCACAGGCAAUUGUACACAGGUGUCCUGAGCACAGUGGCAAAAGGAACAACAGCUGAGACCCCUGGAACAUGUCCUAUUGGGGUACUGGGGACCCCCACCUGGGACAGGUGGCGCAGAGACAGCAUCACCCCCAGCCUCCAUGGCAGAGCUGGUGGUACAGUCAUCAAGGGCAAGGAUGGCAUCUCCCCCAGCACCAGCACCCCCAACACUGGGGUCAUCCAGGCCUAAACUAAGAAAAUUUUAAUGAAGCAGUGUUUCUUGGUCACAGAGUACUGUCACAGCCCUCCCCUCGCACCAAGACAGGAGCAGGGCUGUGCCCCGUGCUGCUCAAUCUAUUUCGGUUACAGCCGCAGCACAAAGCAACCCCAGCCCAGGGCAGGAGGACCAGGGUUGCUCACUAGACAGACACUCACACUCAGGGUCAGACAGGUUUUGUGCUGGCAGUGUCAUGGCUGCUGCUGGCCAGGGUGGCCCUGGGUGGUGGGAGAAGUAUCACAGGUCCCAGGCAGCUGCUGCUCACCUCUGGCUGCAGUGUGGUCAUUAUUUCCAUCAUAGGAAUAAUAAAGAGUUUUUUUCCA